CGCGCACCAGCCGAGCGCCGAGUCAUCGAUCCGCCGAGAAGCUCUGCCGACGUCCGGCCGAAAACAGGUGAAGCAAACCCGGGCUCCGAGCACCGUGGACACCCGGGGAGAGGAGGCACCGCCGCUCCGACCUCCACCAUGUUCGAGGCUCUGGUCAGCGAUCUCCUGAACCGGUUUAUCGGGGAUUACGUGGAGAAUUUGGACAAGUCGCAGCUGAAGAUAGGCAUCUGGGGAGGAAAUGUGGUGCUGGAAAACCUGAAAGUCAAAGAAAAUGCCCUGAGUGAGUUCGACGUCCCCUUCAGAGUAAAAGCCGGACAGAUCAGUAAAUUGACGCUGAAGAUCCCAUGGAAGAACCUGUACAGUGAGGCUGUGGUGGCGACUCUGGAGGGGCUCUAUCUGCUCGUGGUUCCUGGGUCGACGAUAAAAUACGAUGCGGCGAAAGAGGAGAAGUACCAGCAGGAGCUCAAGCAGAGAGAGCUGCAGAGGAUCGAAGACGCUCUGCAAAUGGCCGCGCGAAGAGCCUCUCAAACCGGAGACAUGCUGUUUAAUCUGGAGACUGUGGUUUACAAGGAUCCUCACGUCUCAAAAGGACACAAAAAACUCAAAAAGCAUAAAAAGAGUUUGAAGAAACUCACAAAAAGACGCGACCACAGCAAAGGUAAGUCUCCCCCGGAGGAGAAGAAGGACACGUUUGUGGAGAAAAUGGCCACUCAGGUGAUCAAGAACCUGCAGGUGAAGAUCAGCAGCAUCCACCUGCGAUACGAGGACGACGUGUCAGACCCACAGCGCCCCCUGUCUAUGGGAGUCACUCUGUCAGAGCUGAGCCUGCAGACGACAGAUGAAAACUGGAAAGCUUGUAUCCUGAACGAAGCUGCCAAAAUCAUCUACAAGCUGGGCAGCCUGGAGUGCCUCUGCGCCUACUGGAACGUUCCCAGUCACAUGUUUUACAAAAGCUCUUGGGAGAACAUCAUUGAUCAGUUGAAGUCCGGGAUCAGCACCAAAACAAAGGAGCAGACGCACUACCAGUACAUUUUUAAGCCGAUUUUUGCCUCGGCUAAAAUGUGCAUCAACCCAAACGCGGAGGUGGAGCUGAAGACCCCCAAAGCUCAGCUACAGCUCGAGGUGCAGAACAUCGCCAUCGAGAUGACCAAGCCUCAGUACUUGGCCAUGGUGGAUGUGCUGGAGUCCAUCGAUUCUAUGGUGAAAAACGCUCCGUACAGGAAGUUCAGGCCUGAAGUCCCAGUCCACACAAACGCUGCUCUUUGGUGGAGAUACGCCUUCAGCAGCAUCAUGGAGGUCCACGUCAGACGCACCAGUAAAAUGUGGUCGUGGCUCAGUAUCCGACAGCACCGCGAGACUCUGAAGGCCUACAAGAACGUUUACAAGACCAAGCUCCUCAACGCCAACAAGACCAGCCAAGAUAUUGAACAAAAUAUACAGGAUUUGGAGAAAAUCUUGGACGCCUUCAACAUCACUUUAAUCCGUCAACAAGCUAAAAUGGAGGUGAUCCGCUCGGGGCAGAAGCUGGUGGCCAAGAAGUCGACGGGGCAGAAGCAGGGCUGGUUCGGAGGGUGGUUCAGUAAAAAGGCUAAGAAAGACGAACAGGAGCAGGAGGAGAGCAAAGAGACUGAGGGCUCUGGUUUGGACGACAUCAUGACGCCUGAAGAGAAACAGAAACUCUACACGGCCAUCGGGUACAGCGGCAGCUCCCACAACCUGACUCUGCCCAAAGAGUACGUGGCUGUGGUGGUGCAGUUCCAGCUGCUCCGGACCUCAGUGACCAUCAGAGAAAAACCUGAAGUUCCUGAAAUCCUCAAAGUUCAGAUCAUCGACCUGAGCACCAAGAUCUCCCAGAGACCAGGAGCCCAGGCCGUCAGGCUGGAGGCGACUCUUCAGCACUGGUAUGUGACGGGUUUACAGCAGCAGGGGGCAGUACCGUCGCUCAUCACGUCUAUGGGCGACUCCAGCUCGUCUCUGCUCAACGUGGUGUUUGAGAUGAACCCGGAGGAGAGCGCGGCCGACCAGCUGCUCCGGGUUCACUCGCAGCCCGUGGAGAUCAUAUACGACGCGCUCACAGUGAACAGUAUGGUGGACUUCUUUAAGACUGGAAAAGGCGUGGAUCUGGAGGUGCUGACUUCUGCCACUUUGUCCAAACUGGAGGAAAUCAAAGAGAAAACUGCAUCAGGUUUAUCUCACAUCAUUGAGACCAGGAAAGUUUUGGAUUUGAAGAUCGAUCUGAAACCUUCAUAUUUACUGCUGCCAAAAUCAGGUUUCUACAGCAAAACAUCAGACCUCAUCAUCGUGGACUUUGGAAGCUUAAAGUUGAACAGUGUGGAGCAGAGCGUCCUUAGCCCCGCCCCCUCCUCGUCUCUGGAGGAGAUCAUGGACCGAGCCUACGAGAGGUUCAGCGUCCAACUCAGGAAAGUCCAAGUGCUCUACAGCAAGUCCGGAGAUGCGUGGAGAGCGGCGCGUCAGCAGAGCUCCUCCGUGCAGCACGUCCUUCGGCCCAUGGACUUUAAUCUGCAGCUGGCCAAGAGCAUGGUGGACAACGACGCCCGCAUGCCCAAGUUCAAAGUCUCAGGAGAGCUUCCUCUGCUUCAUGUGAAGAUCUCAGACCAAAAGAUCCAGAGUCUGUUUGAGCUCGUGGACAACAUCCCCCUGCCAAACAUGGGCUCUGCUCCCUCCACGCCCACAGACAAGGUCCUGUCCUUGGUUGAGUCCAGACCCAGAGCUUUGAAUCUUCAGAGUGCCAUUCUCCCAAACAUAGAAACAGACUCAGAGGAGGACGUCAGUGAGAAAUCUCAAGACGAGGAUCAUCAGCACGUCCCGGAGGAGCUCACAGAAGUGCAGUUCAAGUUCGAAGUCAAAGAGGUGUUACUGGAGCUGACGCAGCAGGUGGACCAGGAGAGGCCGGUGCUGUUACUGAGCGUGUGUCAGCUCGGAGCAGAGGGACGAAAACGCAGCUACGACCUCAGCGCCACCGCGUAUCUAAACAAGAUCACGCUCGACUACUGCGACGUGCCCGCUGGCAGAAGUCCUCUGCACCUCAUGAGGUCGUCAGAGCAACACGGCUGCACUCUGCUCAAAGUGGAGUACACCAGGGCCGACCCCUGUGGCCCCAGCUUCCAGACUCAGUUUGCAAACACAGAACAAACUCUAAAGGUGGAGUUCUCGGCUCUGGACUUCCUGCUCCACACCAAAGCUCUUCUGUCCACAGUGAACUUCAUGCACAGUGCCACACCCCCAAAGCUCAGGGCUUCAGCGGAGAGAGACGCCAAGAAGCAGGUGGAGAAGACAACACAGGGAAAGACUGUGUCCAAAGGGGCCAAAGAUGCAGAUAUCUACAGUUUUAAGCUGUUUGCGAUGUUGGGCUGUUUCCAUGUGGUGGUGUGUGAUGACAGCAAGAGCAUCGCAGACAUCAGAGUCCAAGGUAUCGAUGCUUCGGUGGUGGUGCAGCCAAAAGAGACUGAGGUCUUCGCUCGGCUCAGAGACAUCGUGGUCACAGACGUCAGCCCCGACACCAUCCACAAAAAGGCGGUGUCGAUCAUGGGAGAGGAGGUGUUCAGUUUUAAGAUGUCCCUGUUUCCCGAAGCGACGAAAGGCGAAGGCUACAGAGACAUGAGCAAAGUGGACGGGAAAGUGACGCUGCGAAUGGGCUGCAUCCAGAUCAUCUACCUGCACAAGUUCCUCAUGUCCAUGCUGAUGUUCAUCGAUAAUUUCCAGACGGCGAAAGAGGCUCUGAGCCAGGCCACGGUGCAGGCGGCAGAGAAGGCCGCCUCCAGUGUCCGGGACUUUGCUCAGAAGAGUUUCCGUCUCUCCAUGGACAUCAGGCUGAAGGCUCCGCUCAUCAUCAUCCCCCAGGACUCCAACUCCCACGAUGCACUGGUGAUGGAUCUGGGUCUCAUCACCGUCGGCAACAGCUUCUCCCUGGAGCAGGUGGAGGGGGUGGAGCUGCCCGCCGUGGUGGAGAAGAUGGAGGUUAAACUCAGCCAACUCAAACUGUCCAGACUGACCCAAAAACAGACAGUACCUGAUCUGCAGAUGCUUCAGCCAAUCAGCUUCGAGCUGCUGGUCACAAGAAACCUCUGCUCCUCCUGGUUCAACAAGAUCCCAGGAAUCCAGGUCCAAGGAGUCCUGCACUCACUCAAUAUGAGUUUGGGGGAGGAGGACCUGAGUCUGCUCAUGAAGAUCCUGGUCCACAACAUCGGUGAAGGCAGCAAAGUGCAGAGGAACCUCACUCAGGAGAAAGAGUCAGAUGCCCCGGAGCAGCAGCAGGAGGUGUCUCUGCCCUGGGCCCCCUCCUCUGAGCUCACUGCACUUCAACAGGACGAAAUGGAGAACGCCAUCAACCUCCUGCUCAAAUUUGAGAUUAAAGAGGUGAAGCUGACCCUGAAAAAGCCCAAAGACCGUGUGGAGUCUCCGUUCUUGGUUCUUCAUGCGUCUCAACUCGGCAUUGACACAAGAGUCAGAAAAUACGACAUGUGUGCCACGGUUUACCUCAGAGAAAUCAUCAUGAACUGCCUCGAAUUCAAAGAUGCCGGUGGACAGGACCUGUGUCUCGUCAGAUCCUCGGCAGAGACGGGGGCAGAACUACUCAAAGUUCAAUAUUUUAAGGCGGAUCGAAAUGGGCCAAACUUUUCCUCGGUCUUCAAGAACACAGAGCAAAUGAUGAACGUGAUGUUCACGUCUCUGGACCUGGUUCUUCACACCGAGGCUCUGCUCUCCUCCAUUAACUUCCUGUCUGCGGUGAUGGCCCCGAGGAGUUCAGCGUCUGCAGAGAGAGAGACACGAACCAAAGCCGAGGACAAGACUGUGUCCACCAAGUCCACUGCCCUGGUGUCUCCUGUGGAUAACGUGAUCGACCUGAAGGUGAUGGCGACGCUCGGAGCUUUUAACGUUUUGGUUUGUGACCAGAAAAGCAACAUGGCCGACAUCAAAAUCCAAGGUAUAAACGGCUCCAUGUUGGUUCAGGGGCCUCAGACUCACAUCUCGGCUCGACUCAGAGACUUCAUCGUGUUAAACGUGGAUCCAAAGUGCAUCCACAAGAAGGCGAUCUCUAUAGUGGGAGACGAGGUGUUCAGUUUCUCCAUGUCCUUGACUCCAAACGCCACAGAAGGAGCCAGUUACGCCGACACGUCCAAAAGCGACGGAAAAGUGAAGCUCAACGUGGGCUGUGUCCAAGUGGUUUAUCUGCACAAGUUCAUCAUGUCUCUGCUGAACUUCACCAACAACUUCCAGACGGCGAAAGAGGCUCUGAGCCAGGCCACGGUGCAGGCGGCAGAGAAGGCCGCCUCCAGUGUCCGGGACUUUGCUCAGAAGAGUUUCCGUCUCUCCAUGGACAUCAGGCUGAAGGCUCCGCUCAUCAUCAUCCCCCAGGACUCCAAAUCCCACGAUGCACUGGUGAUGGAUCUGGGUCUCAUCACCGUCGGCAACAGCUUCUCCCUGCAGCAGGUGGAGGGCUGCCCUCUGCCCGCUGUCAUAGACAACAUGGACGUGCAGCUGUCACAGCUCAAACUCUCCAGGGCCAGCGUGGGUCUUGAGACCGAGGUGCCCAGUGUGGAGCUGUUGGAGGCCGUGAACCUUCAGCUGAAGGUCAGGAGGAACCUGGCUCCAGCCUGGAACAAAAAGAUGGCCGCCAUCGAAAUCGAAGGAGACAUGAAGCCCAUGAUGGUGGAGCUGAGCCAGUCGGACCUCAAAGUGCUGCUCAGGAUUCUGACUGAAAACCUGGGAGAGGCCGACCACACGGAGACCAGUGUCCCCAAACAAGAGACCGGCGUCCAGCUCAGAGCGCCACCUACAGAAAACGGUGAAAAGCCCGCUGUCUUGAGUCCUGAGGAGCUGGAGGGAUCUGCAGAGACGCUCAAGUUCAACUUCAACAUCGAUUCACUUGGGCUGGUGCUCUACAAUAAUGACCCUACAAAGCCCUCAGUCCUGGAGCACCAGAAGAGCCUGUGUCUGGGUCAGUUUGCCCUCCUCCAGCUCAGAGCCUCCGGGACGAUGCUGAAGAACGGAAACAUGGAGCUGAAGACUGUGCUGACCUCUUGCUCUCUGGACGACCUCAGAGACAACAUGGAGAGGGUCACGUCACGGAUGCUGGGCCGGCGUGAUGAGGGCAGCGUGGAGCCCAUGAUAGACCUGACCCUUCGGAGGAGCGGGCAGGAGCAGGAGGUGGUGGCGGAGCUCCAUAAGAUGAGCCUCUGUGCCAGUGUGGAGUUCCUCAUGGCCGUGGCAGAUUUCUUCGUUAAAGCGUUUCCUGAAGCUCAGAGCCGACCCCAGAGCUCCGGGCAGGGGGAGAGGCUCCCACUGAAGCAGACCACGGGAGGAACCAGCGGAGACAACAAGAGCGGCUCAGUGGUGCGUCUGCGUGCGGUGGUGGUCGACCCUGAGGUGGUGUUUGUGGCCAGUCUGAUGAAGGCGGACGCUCCGGCUCUGGUCGUGUCGUUCCAGUGCGACUGUUCUGUCCAGACCACGGCAGAGGGAGGACAGAACAUGACGGCGCGGCUCAGGGAGCUCCGCGUCCUGGCCUGUCCCUUCAUCAGGGGCAAAAACGACACGGCAGUUACUACGGUGCUGAGGCCGUGUUCUGUGGUGCUGGAGACUGAGACUCAUCCAAACAAACCUCUGAGCGGCUCAGUGACAGUGGAGGAAGUCAUCGUCAAGAUCUCGCCUGUGAUCCUGAACACUGUGAUGACCAUAACCUCGGCCAUGACGGCAGUGAAACCCCAGGCUCAGCUCAACCAGGAGAGGAAACCCGACGUGACGGAUCUGUGGUCGGUCAUGGACAUUUACAGCAGUAACCUGUGGUUUCUGGGCGUGGACCAGGCCACUGAGAUCACCGAGAACUUCAGGGAGAGCGACGGGAGCAACGAGGGAGAGAAGUUCAAGGCAGAGGUCAAGGUGGUGCAGGUGACUCUGGAGUCUGGUCUGGGACACAGGACGGUCCCUCUGCUUUUGGCCGAGUCGUCCUUCAGUGGACAAGCUCGAAACUGGUCCUCUCUGCUCCACCUGAACGGAGACAUGACUCUGGAGGUGAAUUACUUCAAUGAAGUCCACGCUGUGUGGGAGCCUCUGAUUGAGAGAGUGGACAGUGGCACCCGGAGGUGGAACCUGGCUCUGGAGAUGAAGAAUAACCCGGUGCAGGAUCGGAGCCCGGUUCACGGGGAUGAGUUUGUGAUUCUGCCGGAGCCUCGGACGGCCGUCACCAUCUGCUCCAAAGACACCAUGAACAUCACAGUGUCACAGAGCUGCAUCCAGGUCCUCAACAACCUCGCCAAGGAAUUUUCCGAGGGCGCAGCGUCCACGUACGACUACACUCUCAAAGAAAAGCCCCCGUUCACCAUCAGGAACCACCUGGGCAUCCCUCUGAUCGUGCAGCACAGCGCCAACCUGAGGUCGGUGGAGGCGGCGCAGCAGGGCAAACUCCACGAGCUGCCCGUGGAUCAGAGCAUGGACCUGGACUACUCCACGUUUGAGCCGCUGGCCAGAGGAAAACUGUCAGCGCUGCAGAGACAAGAGAGCUGCCUGUUCAACCUCAGCAUCGUUCCCUCCGGUUACAGUGAAAUCUCAAACCUCCCCGUGGACAAACCCGGGAGGCGUCUCUACAACAUUCGUGGUCCGAUGCUGCAGGAGGCUCUGUCUGUGCUUGUGCAGAUCGACGCCGCGGAGGGAAACAAGGUCAUCACCGUGAGAGCGCCCCUACAGAUCAGAAACCAUUUCUCGGUCCCGUUCACCAUCCUCAAGUACUGCCCCUCGUCCAGAGACCUGCAGCCGCUGGGACAGGCCGAACCGGAGAAGGAGUUCCACAUCCCCCUAGAGGCGUACAGGUCUCAGCUGUUCGUGCGGCCGGCCGGACCCCUGGAGCCUCAGUACGGCCCCUCGCUCAGCUGUGUGUCCUGGAAGGAGCAGGUCCACCGCAGUUCAGAGGUCUCCUCUCAGCUCCAGUGCCCGUCCUCGGACAGCGGGAUGCUUCCUCUGAUGGUCAACACGCUGGCGAUUCCAGACGAGCUCCGGCACAUCGCGAAUCACGGAGAGCAGGACUGGGACCCGGCCUACGUCAUCCACCUGCACCCCGUGGCCACGCUCAGGAACCUGCUGCCCUACACCGUGCGCUACCUGCUGGAGAGCUGUGCGGACUCCUUCGAGCUCCCGGAGGGCAGUACCUCAGACCUGCUGAACGCUCGUAUCUCGGGGGAGAUGAUGUCGCUGGUGCUGAGGCGGUACCAGGGCAGAGACUGGCACGGGCACCUGAGGAUCCAGCCCGACCUGCCGGAGUUCGUGUCCGUGAGCCUCUUGUGUGACUCCGACCCCUCCAUGAGCGUGGACGUCAGCGUUCACGUGUCCCGCUCCUCCGCCCGGCUGCUCCUCUCGCUCUUCAGCCCGUACUGGAUCAUCAACAAAACCUCCAGAGUUUUACAGUACAGAGCGGAGGACGUGAGCGUGAAGCACCCCGCAGACUGCAGGGACAUCAUACUCUUCUCGUUUAAGAAGAAGAACCUGUUUAGUAAGAGCAAGCUGCAGCUCUGUAUCUCCACGAGCUCCUGGUCUGAGCCCUUUUCUCUGGACACAGUGGGGAGCUACGGCUGUGUGCGCUGUCCGGCCAACAACAUGGACUUCCUGGUCGGCGUUGGGAUCCAGAUGAGCAGUUUUAACCUGACCAGGAUCGUGAGCAUGAGUCCGUUCUUCACCGUGGUCAACAAGACGUCGUACGAGCUGGAGGUGGGAGAGCUCAUCAACCAGAGCUCCGUACGCUGGCACUACAUGUCCUCCACUGAGUGUGUGCCUCUGUGGCCGGAGAGCCGUUCAGGACAGCUCUGUGUGAGAGUCGUGGGCUCAGAUUUUCCCUCCAGACCGUUUUUCUUCAACAAACAGGACAGGGGCACUCUGCUCAAACUGGACAUGUGUGGGGGGGUCAUAGUGGAGAUCAACAUCGCAGACCACUCCUCAGUCAUCAGCUUCAGUGAUUAUUAUGAAGGAUCUGCUCCGGCUCUGGUCAUAAACCACACGCCCAGAGCCCACAUCAGCUACAGACAGAGUGGCUCUUCAGAGGAGCACCAGCUGAAGCCUGGACAAGCUCAGAGGUUUGUGUGGGACAAUCCAGCAAACACUCGAACUCUGAGCUGGAGACACGGAGAAACCAAAGGAGAACUGGACCUGCUCAAGGAUGAAGUGGGGCAGUUCGCCUUCGACCCCAUGACUCAGAUCCACUGGGUGAGUUUUCUGGACGGGCGUCAGCGGGUGCUGCUCUUCACCGAGGACCUGGCUGUAGUGACCAAAGCUCGCCAGGCGGAGGAGCUGGAGCAGUUUGAACAGGAAGUGAAGAUUUCCCUCCAGAACCUGGGCCUCUCAUUGGUCAACAACACCAGCCGACAGGAGAUCGCCUACAUCGGCAUUCCCAGUUCUGGAGUGGUCUGGGAGAUGAAGCCAAAGAAUCGCUGGAAGCCGUUCAGUCAGAAGAACAUAAACCUGCUGGAGAAGACGUACCAGAGUCAGCUGAGCGGGAAGAGCGAGACGGGCUGGGUCAAACUGGAGGGCAACAUGGAGGUGAACUUGAGCGGCACAAACAUGAUGAUGCAUCAGCCCGUGAAGUGUCCGAUCAGGAGGAACUUCCUGUCUGGGAUCCAGGUGGAGUUUAAGAAGUCAGAGCACCAGCGCAGCCUCAGAGCUCAACUGCACUGGCUACAGGUGGACAACCAGCUGCCUGGAGCCAUCUUCCCCAUCGUCUUCCACCCUGUGCCACCACCAAAGUCCAUCGCUCUAGAUUCAGAACCAAAGCCUUUUAUCGACGUGUCAAUAAUCACCAGAUUCAACGAGCACAGCAGCGUCAUGCAGUUCAAAUAUUUCAUGGCCUUAGUUCAGGAGAUGGCGGUGAAGGUGGACCAGGGUUUCCUCUCCGCCAUCUUGGCUCUGUUCACUCCGGCUGCAGACCCUCAGGCCGACAAACAGAAAUCCAAGUUGAUAGAGAAGGACCUUCAGAUGCUGCAGCCUGAGCUCAUGGAGGCGUCUCUCACCGACAUCACCGGACUCAGCUUCUUUGAGCACUUCCACAUCUCGCCCAUAAAGCUGCACCUGAGUCUGUCCCUGGGCUCCAGUGGAGAUGAUCCGUCUCAGGAGGCGGCUGCAGUUCAGUCUUUAAACCUGCUGCUCAAAAGUAUCGGCGCCACUCUCACCGACGUGGACGACAUCAUAUUCAAACUGGCGUUUUUCGAGGUGAAGUAUCAGUUUUACAGCAGAGACAAACUCAUGUGGGAGGUCAUCAGCCACUACAGUGAACAGUUCCUGAAGCAGAUGUACGUUCUGGUUCUGGGUCUGGACGUUUUGGGGAAUCCGUUUGGUCUGAUCCGAGGUCUGUCUGAGGGCGUGGAGGCCUUCUUCUACGAACCCUUCCAGGGAGCAGUUCAGGGUCCAGAGGAGUUUGCUGAAGGUUUUGUGAUUGGAGUGCGCAGUCUGCUUGGACACACUGUUGGUGGCGCCGCAGGGAUGGUGUCUAAGAUCACAGGCUCGGUGGGGAAGGGUCUGGCUGCGAUCACGAUGGACAAAGAAUAUCAACAGAAACGAAGAGAGGAGAUGAACCGACCGCCCAAAGACUUCGGGGAGAGUUUGGCCAAAGGAGGGAAGGGACUCCUCAAGGGUGUUGUGGGAGGAGUUACAGGCAUCGUCACUAAACCCAUGGAAGGAGCGAAGAAAGAGGGCGCUGCUGGCUUCUUUAAGGGCAUCGGUAAAGGGCUGGUGGGGGUGGUGGCGCGUCCCACUGGAGGCAUCGUGGACAUGGCCAGCAGCACGUUCCAGGGCAUCCAGAGAGUGGCGGAGUCGACGGAGGAGGUGACGAAGCUCCGCCCCGUGCGCCUGAUCAGAGAAGAUGGAAUCAUUCGACCUUACGACCUCUCGGAGUCCAAAGGUUACGACCUCUUCCAGCGCUCUGAGAUUAAACCUUUGGAGGGAGAAGUUUUCAGAGACCAGAGUUCUUACCCCGGACACAGAAAAACCAACAUCAUCGUCACCAACAGGCGUGUGGUGUGUGUGAAGGAGCUGGACUUUGUGAACCACUUCAACAAAGAGUGGGAGUGUCUCUACGAGAACUUCUACAGACCCCCAGAAGUGCACGGAACCGACCUCAAGAUCUACUGCAAGGAAUCGAUGAAGCUGAAGCUGCCAAAGAAGGACGGAGAACAAGGGAGGACUGUACACCUCAAGGACGAGCUCUUGGCACAGAAGUUACACUCUUCGAUCUGUGCCGGUCAGAUGGCUCAGCAGCAGCACCGAAUGUCGCGCCAGCUCUCCACCCGCUUCCUGAAGCCCGCCCACAAACACUGACCUCACUUCCUCUUCCCGUUUCGCACCGGUUACAUUUUUAGGGUCCAUCUUAAACCAUCUUAAAAACAGCCUCUGUUUGUUUAUUUGUGUUUGUUUGUUUACGGAAGCGGGUUUCGUGCUGCUGUAAAAAUACGAACGCUGCCUCUUUAACAAAUGCACUGUUAAUUAACGUCGAUUAAAUAACAAAAUAAUUACUCAAAUUAAUUAAGAAAUGUCCAAAAAAGUCCGUCGGAAAUGUUUUAUCUGAAAAAAAAUGGAUUUAUCACAAGAAAGAAUCAAAUUUUUGGUAUAAGAAACAACGCCGUCCACAGUCAAAACAACUUAAAGCUGCACUAUGUAACUUUUCAGGUCUCCAUGGAGAUCAGUUAUAGCUUCGUCUGGAAUUUUCCGCACUAUGGCUUUAAAUUUACUCCACAGAAUGCCUUUAUACGAGGUCUACCGCGAUUUAAAAUGCAAAACGUUAUGUUAAAUCCAUCCAUAGACUGUUUAUAUUAGAGGAAGUGAGCACGGGCGCACUUCCGGCUCCAUCGGCUCUGGCUCCAGUUCACUUUCUAUUGAAAAAAAAACAAAAAAAAACUUUGCCGAUUUUUUCUGUAACUGCUGCUGUCGGACUCCGAAUUUCGGUCUUAAAGUUCAAAUUUCAAAGCUUUAUUGUUGAUUUCUUCACAUGUACUCGACAAACAAAGGAAUUGGAAUUACGUUUGUCUCGAUCCCGUGUAAAAAAAAACAAAACAAAAAACAACAACAACGAGAGCCAAAUCAAAUCAAAUCUACUUUAUUUCUAUAUCCCGUUUCACCAAAAACGGUUUCCAAAGUGCUGCACCAAUACAAACUAAUAACAACAAUAAGAAAAUAAUGGUAAAAUAAACACUUAGAUUUAAUCAAACUCGUCUUAAAUUAAUAAAACCAGUAAAAUCAAAUAAGAGCAAAAGCAAUAAAUAGAUAAAAACAAUAAAAUACAUUACAAAUAAAUAAAUAGAAGACACAGAGGACCAUACAACUCACGCAGAGAAUAAAAAUGGGUGUUAAGACGUUUUCCGCUGUUAGGAUCCAACAACAACAAUUACGAUGUCUGAAUCCCAAAACUAAAAUAUGACGAUAUCAGAACCAGAAACAAAAGUGAUAUGGUUCAAAAGACUUGAAAAGAUCGACUUUGACAAUAGACUCAUCCCACUGGGAAAACAAACAUGGAGGUUUGAUGCUCACUUUUUCGGAAAAUCCUUCCCAGUAUGAAAUGCGCGAUGACCGGAAGUCCGAGAUUCGUGAUGCGUGUAUACAAAGUGUUUUACAGAAUAAGAAACACAUUAAAAUCACAAUUAAAACAAAUCAAAACAUAAACAGUCAUCAUAAAAUUAAAAAGAAAGAGAAACAUUAAAUUAGAGAGAAGAGCGCGGAAUGAAAACUGAACUGGUCCAUUCCCUCAAAGUGUUUUCUCCGGAAGAUCUUCUGUCACAUUUUAUUCCACAUAUGGUCUUAAAAUGUUCGUAUUAACUCGCUCUACACGAUCCUGGUGUUUUUAUUCCGCUAUUUUGUCCGUUAAUCAAUUCCUCUUCCUAAUUUGGAGCUCCUCCUGCUCCAAAUUCACCUUUAUAACCGCAGCCUCGAUGAGCUUCAUUUGACUGGAACCGAACGCCGUAUACUUCUUUAAACAGUUUAUUCUUGCGUCUUUAAAUUAAAUAUGUUUAUGUCUAAUGAUAUUAAAAUAGUAAUAGAGUAAUUCUAAUCAAAAACAAGCCAUGGGAAAAAAAAAAUUCCCAAGCAGUGAGUCUGGAAAACUGAACGAAAAAAAAAAAAAAAAAAAAAAAAGAACAAUUUAACGCACCUUUGCCCAAACUAACAUCACAAAAAGUUAAAACGUUUAGUACUUUAAAACCAAAAAUAAUAAUCUGCUAUCAAACAUUAAUAAUUAAACAAGCAAAUUAGAACAAAUUAACUGUAUUUAUGAUUUAAAAGUAAAAAUAUAUUAGUAUUUUUCCCAACAAAAGUCCAAAUAAUUCUAAUUUUAUUGCACUAUUUGUGUUUCUGUCACUUUCUGAAAUUGUUUAACUGCCAUUUAGCGAUUCUGUUUCCAUUUUUUGUUUUAAUUUUUUAAUCUUUUAUGUUGAAAUCUUUUACUUUUUAUUAUAUUUUUAUAUGCGUUGUGGAGAUCAGGGUUUUCUGUAGUGUCUGCAGAACUAGAGACGGUGUGCGGGGGUUUUAAGACGAGGAGUUUACACGGAAACGUAAGAAAAACUGACACAUUUGUCCAUUGAAAGUGUUUUGUUUUUUGUUUUUCAUCAUUAAUUGCACUAAAAUAUGAAGUUAAAGCCAUGAAAAACUAUGCAAAGAGACUACUGGCCUUAAAAAAAAAAGAGUAAUGGUGUAAAAAUAAAGGUCCAAAACUGACUCUCGUGAGCUUUAAGUCAUGUUAGAAUCACGUUUCCUCCUCAAAAACAAACCUGGACUUGUGUUUUGUUUGUUUAUUAUUACUUUUUUAUUCAUUUGACACAUUUCCAGGUCUGUUUGUGAUUAGAAAACAUUAGAAAAUAGCAUAAAAUGGGCCCUUUAUUCGUGUUGUUCCUGCUGUCUGACCUGUGUAAAGACGAUUUUGUUUUGGGUUUAAAAAACACCGGCUGGAAAGAAAUGUACUGAUUUAAAUAUAAAAAUACAUUUAUACCAAUGAAGAAA